AUGCCGCCUUUUGUGUUUGAUACUCUACAGCAACAACAUCCGGUAAUUGAAAAAAACAACGAACAUCCUGAUUAUCGACAUCCAUUAUACAUUGGAAGCUGGAAGAGAUCAAUACCUGGUAGAGACACAGACUUUGCACGAGAUGAUAUGGAUGAACCCCAUUUGAAACGAAAGCAUACUUUAUUAUCGAAAUACUCUGAGCAAAUUCAAGGGUUAUAUGGUACAGACUUCAAUUCGUUCUACAUAGCCACCUUCAUAAACGUGCUUCAAUUGGGUCUUGCUUAUUAUUUUGGUCAUCGUGAAUCGCAUUGGCUUUAUUUUACAGCGGUUGCUUAUUUUAUUGGAGGUACUGCGACGGGUAUAGUAGGUGUCCUGAUUCAUGAAGCGUGUCAUAAUCUAGUGACAGGAUCUAGUACCUAUGACCGUCUCAUUGGACUCUAUACUAAUCUUGUACUCCCCGUUCCGAUCUCACAAUCAUUCCGACGAUACCAUAUUCAGCACCAUACCUGGCAAGGUGUUGAGGGCUUAGAUCCAGAUUUACCGUUAGAUUGGGAGAAAAAAUUGAUUCGCGGUAAUAGUGUCAAGAAGGUCCUAUGGAUCCUUAUCUAUCCUAUCAUGUAUGUCGUUCGAGGCAUUGCCCUACAGCAGGCAUUAGGUCAUAGACCUGGUAAAUGGGAAUUAAUCAACCUAGUCACCUCAGUCAUUAUGGAUACCCUUAUCGUCCUCCUUUGUGGCUGGAAGGGCCUUGGUUAUCUCCUUUUAUCUCUUUGGUUUGGUUAUUCUUUACACCCUGGUGCUGCUCAUUUCAUUCAAGAACAUUAUACCUUUGAUGAUGGACAAGAGACGUAUUCCUAUUACGGUAUCUUGAAUUUCCCUUUUAUGAAUAUUGGAUAUCAUAAUGAGCAUCAUGAUUUUCAAAAGAUCCCUUGGUCUAAACUCCCUGCCCUUCGUAAUUUAGCAAGCGAAUAUUAUGAUACAUUAUCUUAUCAUACUUCAUGGCUAAUGGUUCACUGGAAAUUUAUUACUCAACCUACAAUGGGACCACAAUCAAGAGUUGUUCGAGAUUAUACUACCUUUAAGAAGGGUCGAUCUUUAUUAGCUAAAAUUCGAGAAUAUAAUAAUAAAAAGCAAGCAUAA